AUGUCAACCCUUAGCACUACUUCCAAAACACUGCUCAGCGCCUCUCUCUUUCCGGAUAUAGCUGCAGAAACCCUAAUUACUUCCCUUUGUUUCCUCGCACGUCUCCAGCCAGAUGCCCUUGACUCCUGGCAGUCUUACUUCGGUGACUGGGUGGUUUUUAGACCCCUUUUGCUAUCUUCCACGUCUAUUGGUGAAGAAGUACUGUCUACUCUAGUCUUUUUCCUUUAUUCGUCUUGCAAAGCUGGUGGUGCGGAAAAUUCCCGUUUGAUCAUUUUUGUGCUGAGUAACCUAGUUAGAUUGUUUACACCAACUGAAGAGGACUGUGAUGAAAAGGUCGUUCAUCUCGCCAGUGUCUUUGUCUCUUUCCUCACCCUUAGUGGAGAGGACUCGGAAAAUCCUAACCUCCUCUCCCUCGCAACCGGUUCGGUUCCCACAAACAUAGCUCUUUCCUUUGUCUGGACGUGCAUUAUCUCUCUGGCCGGGGCAUCUCAACUACCCAAAGAACCUAUGUGGACUCUCGCCAAUGUCUAUGUCCAUCUCUACGAGCGGGCUUCGACAGACGUCUGGAAAAUUAAUCCCUCACCACUUCCUCUUUCGGAACAACUAUACGAACAGCUGUCAUGCGUCGUAGAGCAGAACCUCAUUGCAUGCGCCACGUCCGUCCCUGUCUGGCAUAGCUUCCAGCAAAUUAGACUGAUUUUUGAGCUAUUCACAGCCUUCACCAGCCUCGUUACUGGACUAUCCGACAACAAAAUCCUCGAGGAUGCGUGCAAAGUUGCUGCAGUCCUCAGGGAUCUGUUCUCUUCUGAGCAAUUUGAAGCUCCUCCAAUUCGAGAUAAAUGGCUGCGCCAGGUGCCUUUGAUCAUGUCUGCAUUUGUGGAUUGCCUGACACGGCCGGAUCCUACACUGUGUGGUGGGUUUUCGGUUGGUUUUGCACCUCUCAAGCGGAACCUCAUUUCCUCUCUCGUGGACACUACGCUUUUGCUGAUCAGGUGCACGCUUGAACUGGUUGAUCGGCUCUCUCAGCAGUCAGUCAACGAGUUUUCUGCAUUUCCUCCUCCUCUUUUCUAA